CUGAGGGUGAAACUGACCAACCUGUCCAAGCGGGCAUCUCUUCUGCGUGUGUGCGGUUUUUUUUUAUUCGUACUUCUGCGCUUUGGUUUCAUUUGUGCCGCCGACCGAGAAGCAUGCAGGUGUCUCUGGCCCUCCUCGUCUCCAGCUCGGCGCUCCUGCUGCUCCAGGGAUGCUGCACCGCUGUGAAGGGAUGGAAGGUACUAAAAAAUGAUGCUACGGAGAUUUUACCGGAGUACAGUGAAAACACUCGGACACCCCAGGAGGCAACGCUACAGGCGAACAACGGCAGCAACAACAGCAACAGCAACACAAUGAAUAACAGAGCGAAAAACGGUGGAAGAGCUGCAAACACAGUCUCCUACAGUGCCUCAGAGCUGAGCUGUAGGGAGCUGCGUUCCACCCGUUACAUCACCGACGGAUCUUGCCGCAGUGCCAAACCUGUCAGGGAGCUGGUCUGUUCGGGCCAGUGCAUGCCAGCGCACCUCAUGCCGAACUCCAUCGCCCGCGGCAAGUGGUGGAGGAGCAGCGCCUCGGACUAUCGCUGCAUCCCGGCACACUCCCGGACACGGAGGAUCCAGCUGCAGUGUCCUAAUGGCAACACUCGGACUUACAAAAUCCGCGUGGUCACCUCCUGCAAGUGCAAACGCUUCAGGCCCCACCACAACCAAUCAGUGGCCAAGGAGGUGCCAAAGACGCAACGCAACAAGAAGCACAGUCGUUUGUCUCAAGAUCGAAAAAAGAACAGCACGCCGCCGAUGGGCAACUCGUACUGAUGAUGCUGUCCAGAAUCUAAGGACAGAGACUGAAGCACAUUCACACACACACACACACACACACACACACACACACACACACACACACAACACACAAAGCAACAACCCUCCUUUAAACGGGGAGGAGUUGCAAGAGAAAUUUCAGAGAGCGAAUUCAUAAGCUAAUUGCUGGGCUGAUUUUAAGUCAUCCGUCUCUCAUUUUUCAGCCACUUGUGAGCAUAUUUGUGAACUUUGCUUAUUUGCAUGACAAAACGAGUCAGUGCCAGGGCGUGCCACGACUGUGACUGGUCAGGAGACGUAGUACCGUGACGGACAGUAAGAAACAAGUAUCUGAUCACCCCAACAGCUCUAAACCGGUCUGGGCUCGGUUCUGUCUUCCACUCAAACAGAUUUCAUUUAAGCAUAAUGAGAAGCACUCCCCGAGGCCUCAAGUCCAUCUGUAUAAACAUCCAGCGGAUGCAGAGCUACACCGCAACGCAGCCCUGUUUAAAGCUGAGAAGGUGUAUCUCAGCUCCAAAGUGGUUGUAAUGCAUCUCCUUUCGGUUGUGUGCGGAGGAGAUGGUGGCAGCUCUGGGGGCUCUGACGGUGGGAUGUUGACAGUUUUGGAGAGGCCCUAGCAUGUACGGUGGUCCACGCAGCUCCCUGGCAGCCCACUAAAGGCCUCACUCAUCAUUACAGACCCACAGCACUGCAGCAGCCCCGACCAGGCCUGUCAGUUACAGUAGCGCCUUUCCCACGGCUAGAUACAGAGAGUCAGGAGAGACUGGGAGAGAAAGCAGUCUUCUCGGCACUAGCACCACAGGGGGCACUGGGCAAUCCUGUGACUCCUCUUAAUUACUAAAUGAGCCCAUUCCUGUGUUAGGACUUGAGUCAUAAAAGCCAUUUCCUUUAGCCAGUUCCUGUUUGCUGGAAUCACAUACAAAAAGUGCACAUGUGUGUAGGAGGCAUCAGAAAAUUGUGCGUGGUUGUGUUGUUACCUAGGGGCAGAGCGCUCUCCAACACGCCCACACCGGAAUUCCUUUGUAACGGGCCAAAUAGAGCAGCGAUCAGCCAGCCACAGCCAAAAUCCUUCUGUUGUGUUAGCCUGCAAAAUCCAAGACACCUCCAUUCCUCUCUGCUCCUAUUCUGUAAAUAGCUCCGACAGGAAAGAUAGGAUUAAAAAUAACCUAAUGAUAACAAUAAUUCAGUUUUUAUCAUUGUAUGAACUGCAAAAAUCCAACAGGAAGAGGAAGUCCCGAUACCCAGUCUGUCAACGCAGACGACACAAUCUCCUUCCUCAGCAAGGCCUCAGAUGGGACUGAACUUCAUGAAGAACAUUCACAAUGUUUCCACAUAUUGUCAGUACUCCGUUGUUUUUCCGCUCAUAUUGCUUCCCGAUCUUGGUUGUCUAAACUGUACGGGCAAUGUUUGCUUCUUUUUCCGACUUCUAUGUUUGAAAUAGCAACUGGAAGGGGUUUUUUUUUGUGUGUAAGCCGAGAGCUGUGAUGCAAACCUGUGUGGUCUUCUGCAGUGGUGGGUGCCCUCGCGUGACGGGGUGUUGAAGAGGAGCAGGGUUGGAGGGCGGGAGGGCUGUUUUCUACAGACACAAAGAAGGACUCUUAUAAAGAAUGAACUGCAUAUUUAUUUUUUAUUUCCACAUUUAAAUUAUUUAUGCAACCUUUUGUAGUAAAUGAUAGCCAUUAUUGUCAUAUAGUAUGAUAGAGACUUUGGAAAUGAAAUACUGUACAGUACAUGAAUAAAGUAAAGGCAGAUAUAUUUGAAA